GCAGUAAGUUAACACAUGCUGUCUGCUUGCUUCCCUCUGCAGGUCUUGAACGGGCUCAUGCAGACCACCGGGUGGCCUGCAGUGGUGGCGUGCAUCGGGAACUGGUUUGGAAAGGGGAAACGUGGGUUCAUCAUGGGUGUGUGGAACUCUCACACCUCUGUGGGAAACAUCUUGGGCUCCCUCAUCGCAGGAGCUUUCGUGUCCUCGGCGUGGGGAUUGUCCUUCAUCGUCCCCGGGCUCAUUAUCGCCUCCACUGGGAUCCUGUGCUUUUUCUUCCUGGUUGAAAAACCCGAACACAUCAACUGCACUCCUCCCCAGCAUCACAGUGAGAAGGAGAGCGACGGCGACGAGACCGAGUCUGUCACCAAUAACUCGUCCCAUGUCGACCGAGUGGCCUACGGUUCCAUCAGCGCCGAGCCCGCAGAGGCUGUUGAGCAGCACACGGAGGCCAUCAGCUUCAGCGGGGCUCUGAGUAUCCCUGGAGUGGUUGAGUUUUCUCUCUGCCUGCUGUUUGCCAAGCUGGUCAGCUACACCUUCCUGUACUGGCUUCCUCUCUACAUCUCCAACGUUGCACACUUUGAUGCAAAGGCGGCAGGAGACAUGUCGACGCUGUUUGAUGUAGGAGGAAUCGUGGGAGGCAUCACGGCGGGCCUCGUGUCCGACUACACGGGCGGCAGAGCGACGACCUGCUGCGUCAUGUUGCUCACUGCGGCCCCGAUGCUUUUCCUCUAUAACUACAUUGGACAAAGGAGCCUGGCUACUACAGUCGGUAAGACUUGCUUCCCUUUCUUAAGCGAUGUAACCGUCGGCGUGUUGUUUGCAGGAGCUGCGGUGGGUCCUCUGCUAGCCGGCCUGAUCUCUCCCACUGGCUGGAACCACGUCUUCUACAUGCUCAUCACUUCUGACCUCUUAGCCUGCCUGUUUUUGUCCAGGCUCGUUUACAAAGAAGCUCUUGGUUGGUGUCGACGUGUCCCCCGAGCCAGAGGGUUCAAAGAAAUCUGAAACACCGGGAACCAAAAUUGAGAAAAGAGGGAGAAAAUGCCGAAACUGACCUUGGUGGACAUUAUAUACUUCACUGAAUGGAAACCAUUGGAGCCGCCAGUGGAGGAUUCGAGGCACUACAACUGACGAUCAAGGCCGCCUUCUUCUUUUAAAAGACAAAUAUUUCUUUAUGGACACAACACUCUUUUUUAAAUGACUGAUUUACCGAUUUUAACUUGUUUUAAUAUUCUUUUAUCAUUAAAAAGUGUGUGCAUUUUCUUAAUUUCUGUCUCCCUAGUUACUGCAUAAAAACAAUAUAUAACAAUAACCUCUAUGUUUUGAGGGGAUGAUUCGUCUAAUGUCUGAAUCACAUUUUGCCUGACCAACAAAAAGAAAGUUGACGCCGCCUUCCUAUAUUUCCAUCUCUCAUUUACGCACAUGGGUCAAAUUAUGAAUAUCAGCCUAAAACUGUGCUUAAAAUGGGACGGGUGUCGGCAAAUUACACAGAUGACAAUUGGACUCCCUGCUCCCCGUUCUCCGUGGCAACCUCUAUAAAAAGGUAGUCAAUGACAGUAAUAAGAACGUACUAGAAGGACAUCGUGACCACAGGCCUCCACAAGGACAAAUGACCUCAUUCACAAUGUUAUUAAAAGCGGAACACUUCUUUUCCCUUUGAUUCAGAUAUGCUCCAAAAUGUGGUAUGACAGACUUGCGUGAAUAAACACUUAAAUAUCG